UGAUCUCCUCACUCCUUGGCUUGAACGCAGGUUGAACACAGAGCAAGAUGGAAGUGGAAAAAAUAGAGCUUAACGAGAGGAACAAUGCAGCGCAGCUCAAAACGGCGGCGCACCCCCCAGGCAGGUUCGAGAGGUUGAUCCAGCCCUGUCUCGCUGAGCUGGUGGGGACCACGUUUUUUGUCUUCAUCGGUUGUGUGUCAGUGAUCGAGAAUUUGGAGGCAGCGGGCAGGCUGCAGCCCGCCCUGGCACACGGCUUGGCGGUGGCAGUGAUGGUGGCGUGCAUGGCAGAGAUCAGUGGGUCUCAUUUCAACCCUCCCUUCACCAUUGCCAUCUUCCUGUGUGGAGGCAUGGAACUGGUAUUAGUUAUCCCAUACCUCAUCUGCCAGCUUCUUGGAGGUGUGCUUGGUGCUGCCAUGUCAAAGGUUAUGACAUCAAAGGCAAAGUAUAUGAAUGCCACUGGUGCAGCCUUUACCAUUCUACAGUCACAUGACCAACUCGGGGAGGUUUUUUUCGCUGAACUGGCCAUGACCUGUCUGGUGACAAUGGUGGUGCUGCUUGGAGCAGUUAAUGGGAAAAGCAAGAGUCCCUUGGUGCCUUUCAUGGUGGGCUGCACUGUACUCUUCAACAUCCUGGCAGGAGGGGACGUGUCUGGCACCUGCUUGAACCCAGCAAGAGCUUUUGGACCAGCACUAUUGACCAAUUACUGGGCUUAUCACUGGGUAUACUGGGUUGGGCCUAUUGGUGGAGCUUUAAUAGCUGCAGCUCUUGUAAGGUUUCUGCUUGGAGAUGAGAAGACCCGCAUUAUAAUGAAGUAACACACCAGGAUAAUUUUUAAUGUAACAAAGGUUAUUUCAUAAAAAUACUAGCUUGUUCUAUUAGUAGAUGAAUCAAGAUAUAUUAUUCUCAGUGCAUUUGUUGCAGAUACAAUACUCUCCUUAUAUCUUAAUAAUAUUUUCUUCUGUUUUCCUCCGUAGAAGCUCUAGGGGUAUAAGAGGUAGACGUGCAGGUGCAGUGUAGCAUGGACUAAGCGCAUUUACUAUGCAUAUUUACUUAUAUACUAAGAAUGUGUAGUUUUGUGACAGACGUCACAGCCAUUUUGUGAUUAAUGCAACUGAUAUAUAAGAUAAUAUAUUGGUACUUUACAGAUGGCAAAUACACCAUGAUAUAUAUUCUACAUAUUAUACAUCAUAUACAUUUUGGACACUCAUUUUCAGAUGUGUGAAUACUUCAGCAGAUAUGCACUAAGUACAUAUUUUGAUGACAGUUCAUGUUUACCAUACAGUCUAAGUCUACUUAUUAAGUGUCAAUUAUACCUCACAGAAAUGUGUUGCUGUAGCUGCUCAAAUGUAGAUUAAUUUAGUUUCAUUUGGACCCCGGUAAUGUUUGUAUAUUUAAGAAGCCAAGGCACGUAUAUUCUCUGUUCUAGGUUAUGUUUAGUUUUGUGACAGAUGUCACAACCAUUUUGUGAUUAAUGCAACUGCCCUAUAGCUUGUCUCACAGACAAUAUUAUCUCUGAAGGAUGGUACCAUAGAUAUGGCAGAGAAGCUGUGAAAAAUAUUUUAAUUCACAUAUUCCUCCUGUAGAGAUCACAUAUAUUAGUUUCCAGUACGUGUUGACCUUACAGAAUCAUAGUCUAUAGAAAGGUGGAAGCUAUUGUGUCAAAAUAAACCAAAUAUUUGUGCUACGGAAGUGCAGGGCAAAGAGUCAAUACCGCUUUACUUGUUGAAGUUUGUUUUGUUUUAACUGAUUGAUUUUGCUUUUAUCAAUGGUUAUUAACCCUCUGUUGCAAUUACUUUAUCUUAUUUUGCUAAAAGGCAGUAACAUGUUUUACUGUUUAAUUGUAGGAAAAGGGCCUUUUACUUUGAAAGGAGAAAUGCUUGAUGAUAUCACAUGACCAGAUAAUCCUGUGUGUAUAUAUAUGUGUAUCCAACCUAUUGUACUUCACUUGAUUUACAAAGCACUACGAUACUCCAAGACUAUGUUUACUUCUGAUGACAUUUAAAAUGGAAAAAAAAACAAUGUAUAUUUUGUCAUUUCAGACAUUUUGUAACUGUAACAUUUUAUCAGAAUUAUAAAUUACAACAAUGGCAAAUAGACUUUUAACAGAAGGAACACACAGAUUAUAAAUCUGUCCACUUUUAUGUAGCCUUCAUUUCUAGUCAAUAACCCAUACGGUUUAAACAACAAUAUUUUAUUCCUAUAAGAUAAUAUAUUGGUACUUUACAGAUGGCAAAUACACCGUGAUAUAUAUUAUACAUAUGACUAUAAUUGGAAUUGUACUAUUUUUGACGGUUUAGCCAGUUGUUAGCCUAUAUGUUAUAUGUUGUAUGUUAUGUUAUAUCUUUGUUAUAUGAAAGCAUUUGUUGCCACAGAACACGCAAGCGAGGUUCUUCUAUAGGAUAGGUAAGUAAACAGGGCAGAGUUAUAGGAGUGAAUAUGAGCUAGUGGGCUUUGAUGAGGAGAGUGAUGAGUUCAAGUAAACCUGGAUGACAGUUCGGAGUGAGAGUCAGGUAGAGAGGUAACAGGUUGAUGUAUUAGCCUAGAUGAUGAUAAAUAAAUUUUAAAAAGACAUCGAAUGAGAAUGAUUAAAUAAAAUUAAAUAGGAAAAAGGUUUUGCUUGUGAUCAAGAAAAUGAUGUCCCUGUGUCUUAUUACAUGUGAAUGUAAGAUCUUUUACAAUGUUAUGAUUCCCAUACUUUUAAAAUAACAAGUAAAAUGUUGUUUUAAUUGUUCAUUUAACUAUAUAAAUAUAGGGCUAUACAUUACUCUAAGUAUAAGCUGGAUUUGUUUUGUCUUAUUUUCAAUAAAGGGUGUUUUUAGAGGAAAA